AUGGAAUCUCUCGGUCGCCAUUCGUACAGUCGGAAGGAGAAAUCGCUCGGGGUUCUGGUCUCCAAUUUUCUGAAACUGUAUAACCGAGACGAUGUUGAUCUAAUUGGGCUCGAUGACGCCGCCGGAAGAUUAGGAGUUGAGAGGAGGCGUAUUUACGAUGUGGUCAAUAUAUUGGAGAGCAUUGGGCUUGUAGCAAGAAGAGGGAAGAAUCAGUACUCAUGGAAAGGUUUUGGAGAAGUUCCUCGUGCUCUAAGUGAACUCAAAGAACAAGGAAUGCAAGAGAGGUUUGGGAUCGUCCCAUGUGUGACUAAUUCAGAGAUGGUCUUGUACGACGAAGCAAGAGAAGAAUCUUUGAAGUUAACUUCUGAUGAUCAAGAAAACUCUCCAUCCCCCAGACUUGACAGCAAGAAGGAGAAAUCACUGUGGAAUCUUGCACAAAACUUUGUGAAGCUUUUUCUAUGCUCUGGUGCUGAUCUCAUAACCCUUGAUGGCGCUACAAAAGCAUUGCUGAAUGAGUCUCAGGAUCCCCUGAAUAUGAGAACUAAAGUUAGACGCCUUUACGACAUUGCAAAUGUGUUCUCCUCCAUGAAUUUAAUCGAAAAGACUCAUAUUCCACAGAGUAGGAAACCGGCGUAUAGGUGGUUGGGAUCCGAAGCAAUAUCCGAAGACCAAUUCGUUGCUGCUCCUGCAAGCUUAUGCGAUCGUAACGAGCCUAAAAAGCGGGUAUUUGGAACCGAGAUCACAAACUUUAACGCAAAGAGAAGCAAAACAGACUGUUCUUCUAAAGACAGUAAGCAUUAUGGAAAUGAAAACACCUGUAACGAGAACGAGCAGCAGCAGCAAUGUGAUUCGAAAUCGGCUGUGAAGAGACUUGUGUCUUCACCACUCGCUCCCGCAGGUACUUCUAAGAAGAACAAUACAGGAAACAACCAUUCCCAAAGACUUCAAGAUCUUGAGAACAUUUCUUCUACCCACAAGCUUCAAUAUUGCAAUCAAGAGUUAUUUGGUCUACUUGGGCACUACACAGAGACAUGGAGGUCAUGGCAUGCAGAGUUUGGUCGAAAAUGA